GCAGCAGCAGCAGCAGCAGCAGCAGCAGCAGCAGCAGCAGCAGCAGCAGCAGCAGCAGCAGCAGCAGCAGCAGCAGCAGCAGCACUUGCCUUGA